GUUCAAAGUCAGACUGUGAAGUGUAAAUAUUUUCAGUCCGUCAAUAAAAAUAAAACUUAAAAUAUUUUAUAAAAAAUGAACAAUACGUAAUUUGAAUACAAUACACAGUUCUGUAGAUACACAAAUAAAAAUAUUAAUGGAUAACAUGUCGACCGGCAAAAUAGACAUUAUAUGGUCACCAGUACACCACGACAAAUUCAUUGUAUGGGGUCAAGAUAUAACCCUUUAUGAGGAGGCACGAAUUAAAGAUAUAGAAAAGAAAACAUUUACACCAAUUUCAUCAACACGGGGUGCUGUUGUUAUUGCAUCACACAAUGCCAAUGGUGUGCGGUGUGUGGACAUCAGUGCUAUUGCUGAUCAGCCAGACCCAAUCCUGGCUCUUGGUCAUGCCAGUGGAAGAAUUCUGCUGACCAGCCUCAAACAAGCUUAUGAUCCAUUAGGGCUUGUUGGCAGGGAGUUUUCUGCAAGAUACCCACGAGCUUGCAAUGCACUCGCAUGGAACCAUACUGAGAGCAACUUACUGGCGGUGGGGAUGGACAAGCACCGUGCUGACAACUGCAUCAUGCUGUGGGAUAUGAACACUUGUGGCACAGAGGAGUUCACUGGAGAGAGCUCGUCGCCGGGCGCGCCGGAGGGCGGGCGCGCGGCGGCGGAGCUGGGCGCGGGCGAGGCGGCGCACGCGCUGGCGUGGUGCGGCUUCGCGCCGCGCACGCUGCUCGCCUCCAUGAACAUGAAGCAUAUCAAGAUAUUUGAUUUGCGGGAGGGCGGCGGCAAGGCGGCGGGCUGGGCGCCGAGCCGGCAGUGCCUGGGCGUGUGCGCGGAGCCGCGCGGCUUCCGGCUCGCGUCGCGCGGCGACAGCGCCGUGUGCGUGUGGGACGCGCGCGCGCUCGCGCUGCCACUGCUAACGCUGCCGCAGCCGCGCCCGCUGCGCAAGCUGCAGUGGUGCCCCACCAGACGCAACUUGCUGCUGUCUCUGCAGCGCGACUCGAACACGCUCCGGCUGCACGACAUUCAGCAGGCUAAUGAUUACAAAUCUCAGCAGUCCUUUGAUAGCGCCGUGAGUUGGGCCUUUUUGUCAACUCUUACAAAUUAUUUGUAUAACGUGGUGGAGCGCGACGUGGCGCCGGCCGCGCACCCGCUGCUCGCCUUCGCCUGCCACCCCGAGCACCGCGCGCGCCUGCUCGCGCUCACCUCCACAGGCAGCAUGGUGGAGUACCGCAUCAGCGAGCGCGUGACGGUGUCGUGGGGCGCGAGCGGCGCGCUGGCGUGGGCGGGGGGCGGCGCCCUGCGCGCGCUGCGCCCGCUGGCGCGCUCGCAGGGCACCGACCUGGCCGAGGUCAUGCGCCGCCGCGCCACCACCGACUACGGUCUCAAGGCGGACCUGUGGCAGAACGCGGAGCUGGCGGAGGACGAGGCGCUGAGCGGCCUGUGGCACUUCCUCGCGCUCAGCAAGUCGCUCGUCGAGGACGGCUGCAUCCGCAACAGCCCAUGGAAGCACCCGGGCGUGCGCACCGUGCUGCGGGCCGCGGGGGACGGCGCGUAUCGCUCGGAGGCUGUGCCCUCGCUGCUGCCCGACAUGCCUAAUAGAAAACUAAUUGUUUACAGGAGCGCGGAGCGCACGCGCGCGCUGCAGCUGUGCGGCUGGGGCUGGGGCUGGGAGAACGCCAUGGCGGGCGUGGAGCGCGCCGAGGCGGAGGGCACGCCGUGCCGCGCCGCCGCGCUGGCCGCCUUCCAGCUGCGCGCGCGCGCCGCGCUCGACGUGCUGGCGCGCGCGCGCUCGCCGCGCCUGCGCGUGGCGGCGCUGGCGCUGCUGGCCGCGCCGCAGCCGCCCGACGAGCGGCUGUGGCGCGACGCGCUGGCGGCCGCCGCGCCCGCGCUGCCCGACCCCUACCUGCGCGCGCUGCUGCACUUCCUGGCGGCGUCGGCUGCGCCCGCCUCCGCCGCGCAGCCCGACUUCGCGCCCGUGCUGGCCGAGACGGGCAUGCGGCUGGAGGACCGCGUGGCCUUCGCCUGCGUCUACCUGUCGGACGCGCGCCUGCACGACUACGUGCAGGCCACGGCCGACCAGCUGCUGCAGCAGGGCGACCUCGCCGGCGUGCUGCUCACGGGCAUCAGCCCGGAGGGCGUGUCGCUGCUGCAGCGCUGGCUGGAGCGGUCGGGCGACGUGCAGUCGGGCGCGCUGCUGGCGGCGCGCUGCUGCCCGCCCGAGCUGCUGCGCGACCCGCGCGUCGCCCACUGGCUCGACAGCUACCGCUCGCUGCUGGACAGCUGGCAGUUGUGGUGGGCGCGGUGCGCGCUCGACACGUGGGUGUGCGCGGGGCUGGGGGAGGGCGCCGGCGGGGGCGGGGGCGGGGGCGGGGGCGCCGGCGGGGGCGCGGGGGGCGGCGGCGGGCCCGACGCGCGGCGCGUGGGCGUGGCGUGCACGUACUGCGGCAAGUCGGUGGCGGCGGCCGCGUCGGCGCGCCCGCGCCCCGCCUUCGCGCGCCUGCCGCCGCCCGCCGCUAAGAUGAAGCAAAUCUCGUCGUGUCCGAACUGCCGCAAGCCGCUGCCGCGGUGCGGCGUGUGCUCGCUGCACCUGGGCACGAGCGCGGUGGGGGGCGCGGGGGCGGUGGGCGGCGCGCACUUCGCCGGCUGGUUCAGCUGGUGCGUGGCCUGCCGGCACGGCGGACACGCCGCGCACCUGCUCGACUGGUUCAGCAACCACACGGAGUGUCCGGUGAGCUCGUGCUCGUGCCGCUGCAGCUCGCUUGACCCGCCCGACCGCGACAACAUGGACAUCUAGCGGACGUAUGGACACACACACACACACACACACAGAGACCCGCUAUGCAAAACACACACACA